AUGGAAUAUUCAUGCAUAAAAUUGAAUGAUUUACCUGAUGAAAUUCUUAUGAUCAUUUUAAAAAAAUUGCAUUAUAUUGAUGUACUCUAUUCCUUGAUAAGCGUUGAUAAACGACUUAAUGCAAUUGCCAGUGAUUCAGUUUUUACAAAAGAUUUAGCAUUAAUGUCAACCUCUUCUAACGAUUUAUCUUAUGAAUUUACUGAUCCAAUACUUGAUCGAUUUUAUCUGCAAAUUCUUCCUAAAAUUAAUUAUAAAAUCGAAUGGCUUAAUGUUGAAUCAUCAUCUAUGCAACGUAUUCUUCUGCCAACAAAUUAUCCUAAUUUACAUGGACUUGGUUUGUAUAAUCUUGCAUCGAAUACAGCUAGGGAUCUUUUCACAGGUAAGAUCUUUUCUCUAACUCUUUUGAUGAUUAAUCAUAUAAGAAUAUUAAAAUAAUUUAUCACAUAUAGUUUAUAUAAUCAGAAUUUGAUUAAUGUGGAUAUUUUUUUUAUAAAAUAGUUUUAUUGCUAAUGUUUAAUGAUGAAUAUGAAUUUGAAGGAAAUUCAAAAUAAAGACAUCAGUUGAAAGAAAGUAUAAGUAUUAUUUUGUAAUGUCUCUAAUUAAAAUUCUUUGAUUCUCAAAGCAGAAAUGAUAUAAUAUAAAAUAAAUCAUUACGAUAAAAAAUAUAUCAGUAGCGAUACAUUACAAGUAACGUUCGUUGGUUCGACUCACUUGACCCUCGACUGUUUAAGACAGAAGUAUAUUCCGCGUUUGUUGUAUGGAAACCAUUGGGCUACUAGCUUUAUCUCAAUAACUGACUGAGAUCUCGAUUUCUUGAAUCAUAAAAGUCAAAGAAAUUGA